AUGGCGCCCAGAUAUCGUGGGGGUAGACCGACCCUCAGCCAAGGUUUGGACCGUGAGGUCUACCAGGUUGUGCGCAAAAUUAUCGACGAUCAGCCCGACGGCGUGGACCGAGUUCGCCUUACAGUCCCGGUUAUCUAUGCGCGGAUCCGAGGAUCGAAUUCGAGUUUGAACCGGAAGCCGAAGAAAUUGUUGGAGGAUAGUUUGGAGCGGGUUUUGGAGGUGGUGAAGAGUGAUUUGUUUGGUGACGAGGAGGAAGAAUCCGUGGAGGGUGACUUUGAAGGCUUGGAGGAGCCUCCUGCUGCGGAGCCCAAUGGUGUGAACCAAAGCAUUGUCGGCGCAUGGUCGACACCAGCAGCCUCGAAACCUACUCCCGCACCCAAAGCCGAGUCCGCGAGCACAUCCAAAACCUCUUCGAAGCGACGGACACACGGCAGCGAGUCUGUAUCCAAGCGGCGCAAGGCCGAGGCUGCGGUUGACCGAUCACCCCCCACGCACGUCAGUCUUGCAGACCUGGGCGGAUUGGACGAUGUUGUCCAGGAAUUGGGUGAUUUGGUUAUUCUGCCAAUGACCCGGCCACAGGUCUACCUCUCAUCCAAUGUGCAACCUCCGCGAGGUGUUUUGCUGCAUGGACCGCCUGGUUGCGGUAAAACCAUGAUUGCCAAUGCGUUCGCGGCGGAGUUGGGUGUCCCCUUCAUUGCCAUCUCUGCACCCUCGAUUGUGUCGGGUAUGUCUGGUGAAUCGGAGAAGGCUCUGCGUGAGCACUUUGAAGAGGCGAAGCGCCUUGCUCCCUGCCUGAUCUUCAUUGAUGAGAUUGAUGCGAUUACACCCAAGCGUGAGAGUGCGCAGAGGGAAAUGGAGAAGCGAAUUGUCGCUCAGCUUUUGACCUGCAUGGAUGAGAUUGCUCUCGAGAAGACAGAUGGCAAGCCCGUUAUUGUUCUUGCGGCUACCAACCGCCCGGACAGUCUGGAUGCAGCAUUGCGUCGCGGUGGACGAUUCGACAAGGAAAUCAACAUGACUGUACCCUCAGAGCCUGUCAGAGAGCAGAUCUUGCGGGCUCUUACACGGAAGCUGCGUUUGGCAGACGAUUUGGACUUCAAGACUCUGGCCAAGAGAACUCCUGGUUUCGUCGGAGCCGAUCUUAAUGACCUUGUCUCAACUGCAGGUGCUGCCGCUAUCAAGCGGUACCUCGAUAUCCUCAAAUCUAACAGCGGCGAGGAGAUGGAGAUGGAGAUUGAGACCGAGGAAGGAGGAGACGACAUUAUUAGCCCUAAGGUUCGGGAAUUGCGCCGUCUGAUCACUCAUGCCAAGGAGAACCCCAUCGGCGAAGAGACAGAAACCGUUCUUGUUUCCAACGCCGACUUUUUCACCGCACUCCCCAAGAUCCAGCCCUCAUCUAAGCGUGAAGGCUUCGCCACUAUCCCCGAUACAACCUGGGCAGACAUUGGUGCUCUUGGUGGCAUUCGCGAAGAACUGUCCACCGCCAUUGUCGAACCCAUCAAGAACCCCGAGAUCUACGCCCAAGUCGGUAUCACCGCGCCUACAGGCGUCCUCCUCUGGGGACCCCCAGGUUGCGGUAAGACACUCCUGGCCAAGGCCGUGGCCAACGAGUCCCGCGCCAACUUCAUUAGUGUCAAGGGUCCAGAGCUGCUCAACAAAUUUGUCGGAGAGUCCGAACGCGCCGUGCGCCAGGUCUUCGUCCGCGCUCGCUCCUCCAUUCCUUGCGUUAUCUUCUUCGACGAGCUGGAUGCCCUCGUGCCCCGCCGUGACGAUACCCUCUCCGAAGCAUCUGCCCGCGUCGUCAACACCCUCCUCACUGAGCUGGACGGUCUCGGCAGUAGCCGCCAGGGUAUCUACGUUAUCGCAGCUACUAACCGUCCCGACAUCAUCGACCCGGCUAUGCUUCGCCCCGGUCGUCUCGAAACCCUGUUGUUCGUCAACUUGCCCUCCCCGCUCGAGCGUGUGGAGAUUCUUCAAACGCUGCUGCGCAAGCUCCCUAUCGAGUUCAACGAGGACAUGCGCCGGCUUGCGGAGGAGUGCGAGGGAUACAGUGGUGCGGAUUUGGGAAGUUUGUUGCGCCGGGCUGGUUACUCGGCUAUCAAGCGUCGCGAUACUAUCCGUUUGGAGGACUUUGUUACUGCAAAGUCGUUCAUCAGGCCUAGUGUUACGGAUAUGAAGAAGUAUGAGCGGCUGAGGAGGGAUUGGGGAUCUGGUGCUGUUUGA